AUGCAGCUGUUUAAAGCAGUUGAAGCUUAUACAGAACAAGCUAAAAUGGAUAUGGCUCUUUAUUGUAAUAUUUCAGUUGAAGGAAUAGUUAUUUCAUUAAUUAUUAACAAAGUUAGUAUCAAGAUUGAGAAACCAUCUACUAUUAAUAUAAUUAAUAUACACAGACAAAGUCAGAGAGCUAUUAGAAAAAUAUUUAAUUUUUCAUUCUUGAUAGAAGAAAUAAGAGUCUCUGUUAACAUGUUCAUUACUGAUGCUACUUCUUAUAAAGCUAUUAUGAAAAAUAAUUGGCUUUCUAAAGUUAACACCAAAAUUAAUUACACCUACUCAGAAAUAAGUUUUGUCUGCCAUCCUACCAAAACUACAAGGUCAAAAGAGGAAUUGGAUUAUGAUAAUAAAGAAACAGAAAGCAAAUACAAAGAAGAAGAAUUAGAGAACUAA